AUGAAUCUACAAGACGGUGAUAUUGUGGACAUCGAGGGAAUGUGCGCUGUUCAAAAAGGAAUGCCCACAAAUGUUACCAGGGCAAAACUGGGAGUCUACAAUGUCACCCAGCAUGCAGUGGGCAUUAUUGUGAACAAGCAAGUUAAGGUCAAGAUUCUUGCCAAGAGAAUUAAUGUACAUAUUGAGCAUAUUAAGCACUCUAAAAGCCAAGAUAGCUUCCUGAAACAUGUGAAGAAAAAUGAUCAGAAAAAGAAGGAAGCCAAAGAGAAAGGUACCUGGGUUCAACUGAAGCGUCAGCCUGCUCCACCCAGAGACACACUUUGUGAGAACCAAUGGAAAGGAGCCUGAGCUGCUGGAACCCAUUCCCUAUGAAUUCAUGGCAUGAUAAGUGGGGAAAAAUAAAAAAUACCUCUGUGCUGAUAAAAAAAUAAUAAAUAAAUA